AUGCCGCAAAGCCUGGCUAGGAUGUCAUCGUGCACCGUCGACAGCGGCACAAUAUGCCCCCUCCAAAAGGCGCCCGGUCCAAAACCGUUGCCUGUCGUAGGCAACAUCUUCGACCUUGACCUCAAGGCACCUUAUUCGUCUGCUCUUGUGAUUGCAAAGAAGUACAGCCCGAUCUUUCAAAUGACCUACGCUGGUCAAAGGGAAAUCAAUGUGUGCACUCGAGAGCUAGCUGACGAGGUCUGUGAUGAGACUCGUUUCCACAAGCUUGUCUCCAGUGGUGUUUUGACGUUACGACAAGUCGUCGAAGAUGCUCUCUUCACGGCACAUCAUGGCAGUCGGCAAUGGGGCAUCACACAUCGCAUUCUGAAACCAAUUUUUGGGCCGUUGAAGAUUCGAGAGAUGUUCGAUGAGAUGAAGGACGUCGCGGAGCAACUUUGUCUCAAAUGGGCCCGGGACGGACCGAACACAUCUAUUGAUAUUGCAUUCGAUUACACUCGACUUACAUUGGACACCAUCGCGAUAUGCCUAAUGGAUUAUCGCUUCAAUAGCUUUUACCUGGGCGGUAAACAUCACCCAUUUGUGAAGCAUAUGGUAGAUAUCUUGGCCGAGGCUGAUAUUCAAUCCAUGUUACCCGACUGGGCGGGCAUAUUUCGACUUCGUGCCAUGCUGAAGUUCAAGAAAGAUAUCAAGCUAAUGCAUGACCUGUGUCGCGGAAUGGUGGAAUUCCGACGACAGAAUCCAGUGAACAGAAAUGACUUUCUGAACGCAAUGCUGAACACACCAGAUCCAGAAACAGGCGAAAAACUCAAUGAUGAGGAGGUCGUGCGAAACCUCAUAACCUUCCUUGUGGCAGGUCAUGAAACAACGUCCGGGAUGUUGUCUUUUGCAACCUUUUAUCUUCUCGAGCACCCCGAGACACUUCUCAAGCUGCAGAGUGAAGUUGACCGCGUAGUCGGCGAGGAAUCAAUAACUCCACAGCACAUCCAGCAAAUGCCAUACAUGGAUGCAGUUCUUCGGGAGGCUCUACGCCUUAUGCCUACUGCGGUUGCUUUCUACGUGACACCAUACAAGGACGAGGUCAUCGGAGGGAAAUACCUUGUGCAUCCAGGCGAAGCAAUCUGUCUCUUACUCGAUCCUAUACACCGAGACAAAACAGUCUGGGGCGACGAUGCUGACGAAUGGAAACCUGAGAGAAUGAUGCAGGACAAAUUUGACAAGCUUCCACCAAAUUCCUGGAAGCCAUUCGGCAAUGGCGCCCGUAUCUGCCUUGGUAUGGCCUUCAGCUGGCAAGAGGCCAAACUUGCUCUGGCUGUCAUACUUCAAAAUUUCAAUCUGAGCAAAGACGACCCGGAAUACAAACUGAGAAUCAAGCAUCUCUUGACCAUCAAGCCCGAAGGCUUCAAGAUUCGAGCGGAAUUGAGGCAUGGGCGGAACGCUACUUCAUUCCACCGUAGUCUGAGAACCGCGUCCGCUGAAAGCACGAAGAAGUCAGCAGCACCGGGCGCCGCAAUUCCGCCCCAAGAAGGUCGUUCAAUAUCAAUUCUAUACGGAACUGAUACGGGAACAUGCGAGGCUCUCGCUAAACACCUCAUGGUCGAGGCUUCUGCCAGAGGCUUCACUCCGAGCCUUUCCACCAUGAACGAGGCUGUGAGGAAGCUGCCCAAACAUCAGCCUGUGAUAUUUAUUCUGGGUACAUACCACGGGAAGGCAGCCGGUAAUGCGACGCAGUUCAUGGAGUGGAUUGAGAAAGAAGAACCUGGUCACCUGAGAGACCUCGAGUACGCGGUCUUUGGUGUCGGCCACAGUGACUGGACACAGACCUUUUACAAGGUCCCGACAAUCCUUGACACCGGUCUGGAGAAGCUAGGUGGCAAAAGACUCUCGCCCAUGGGAACCGUCAACACCGCCAAAGACGAUGUCUUCGAUGAGCUAGAGACAUGGUUGGCCGAACAACUGUGGUCAGCUCUCAGUGCUGAUGGCGAGCCACAAUCCAGCAAUUUCCAAAAUGAUAUUGAGGUGGAGGUCACCGUUGGCGAAAAACCGCCACGCAGCAACACCCUUCGAAAAGGCUUCUUUGCUGCGACUGUCACAGAAACGAGGCUUCUAUCCAGCCCAGGUGUUACUCAGAAAAGGCACAUCGAGCUCCGACUCCCGUAUGGAGUGUCCUAUGAGGCUGGUGAUCACCUCAGCAUCCUUCCUACAAAUGACUUGUCUAUUAUCAAGCGCGCUCUGUCUCGCUUUUCCCUGAGAGAAGACACUUUAGUCACUAUCAAGCAGGCCACAGCAAGUCGCCCUCCUCCGGGAGACAUACCCAUCAACACCACUUUGACAGCUUUAGAGUUGUUUUCGAGUUACUUCGACCUCCGGCGCGCGGCCAAAACGCGCCAAAUCGACGUGCUAAUUGAUACUGCGGUCGACGAUGUAACCAAGCAGUCGCUACGAGAAGUGCUGGCAGACACCAAGAAUACUGCUAGCAUAUUGGAUCUCCUCGACCGGUUCCAACCGAGCGAGCUCCCUUUGACUCUUUCAUCUUUUCUGCUCAUGCUGCCACCCAUGCUGCCUCGAGUAUAUUCCUUCUCGUCAUCGCCGCGCUGGAAAUCUGGCCACGGCACUUUGACGUACAGCGUUGUCGAUCGGGCUGCCGCAGGUCCGAACAAGGGAAUUGCGUCGAAUCACUUGGCCUCUCGGGAACCUGGAUCGAUUGUCUACAUCUCAAUGUCAGACAAGAAAGAGCCCUCUCUGUUUCGGUUGCCUUUGCCCGAGCUUAAGACACCAAUCAUUAUGAUAGGAGCCGGGACGGGGCUGGCUCCUUUUCGUGGCUUUAUACAGGAGCGUGCUUUGUCCAUCGCGACCAAGGAAGGAGGAAGAGACCAAUUCUCACCUGCGCUGCUCUUCUUUGGUUGUCGAGGGGCGAAACUCGAUGAUGUGUACCGUGAAGAGCUGGAUGGGAUGGAAAAAGACGGUAUUGUGAGUGUGCGGAGGGCAUUCAGCCAGGACGAAGACAAUGGUGAUUGUCGAUAUGUUUCGGACACGGUGAAAAAGCACAUUGAGGAAAUUCUCCAGUUGUGGAAGAAAGGAUCCAAAUUAUAUGUGUGCGGAGCAAAGAGUAUGUCCGAUGGGGUCUUUAAGGUGCUCGCUCCUGUCCUCAUGGAAAUGGAUCGCACUGCAGGAAAGACGACUGAGACGUCAGUUGAUGGUUGGUUGAAAGGCCUGCCACAAGGUCGAUAUGUGGUCGAGAUAUUCAACUAG